CAUCUUGGCUGCAAUAAAGUGCGCCAUUUUGGCCUCCUAUCCCAAUUCCUAACAAAAUAAAAUAACUUCUCAGUCUCCAUCCUAUCCUCCGAUCGAUAUCGCAACUAGAGAGAGAAAGAGAGAGAGCAUGGCUUCUUCCCUAAUCUCCUUGUCCCUUCUUCGCCCUCUCCCCUCUUUAUUCUCACCUAAAAGCCUCUCCCACCCCCACCUCCUCCUCCGCGGCCUGCCGCGCCACGCCGUCGCCGCCCGGGCCAAGAAUAACAACUCCGGCACCGAUCCCGCCGACCGCCUCAUCGCCGCCGCCUGCUACCUCUACCCCUUCCUUGACGGCGUCCAGUACGGCCGCUACGUCCUGGCCCAGUUCCCGGCAUUCCAGGUCCUCCUCCAGCCCCUGCUCCCCGCCAUCCGCCUCUUCCGCUCGUCCCCCCUCAACGGCUUCCUCCUCUUCCUCACCCUCUACUUCGUCGUCGUCCGCAGACCGUCCGCCUUUAGCCACUACGUCCGCUUCAACACCAUGCAGGCCAUCGUCCUCGAUGUCCUCCUCAUCUUCCCCGAUCUCCUCGAGCGCACCUUCAACCUCCGGGAAGGCCUCGGCUUUGAGCUCCUUCAGAGCGUCGACAGCACCGUCUUCUUAUUCCUCCUGGUCUCCUUGGUCUACGGAUCAACUUCCUGCCUCCUGGGGCACGUGCCCAGGUUGCCAAUCGUCGCCGAGGCUGCCGAGCGGCAGGUCAUGUGAGUUUCCCGCUGCUCUCCUCUCUUCUAGCUGUUCCGAUUUGGAAAGCUUCGAUCUUUUACCUUUUUUGGACCCCUAAUUGGUGGCUCGGGUCUCAAAAAGAAAAAAAGUUGCUUCGCGAUGCGAUUGGGUGGAAUUGAGAAAUGGGUUGGGUUGUUUUGUUGAUUCAUGUUGUAUUGCUGGUGGUUUAUCAAUCUCAUACUCUAAACUGAAAAUUCAGCUCUUUUGUUCUAUAAGGAUGGGGAAAUCCCUUCCCCUUGCUAAUAGUAGUGAUAAAUUGGGGAGAGUUGGCACUUCUGUCCGGUUGACAUGGAUGAGGUUUGGAAGAUCUGUGUCUGUGCUAGUUGCUUGUUCUUACAUGCCAUUUCUAGUUUCAGUUCCA